UAUCUGAUGUUUGUAUGUGAAAAGUAUGAUCUCUCGCGAGUUCAUAGAAACGCGUCUCGUUGAUAUCUAUGAGAAAUAUACUUUUUGAUGCGCGUGUGAGUUUCGAUUGUUCGAUCAGUGAGAUAAAAAUGGAGGCGCAUCACAAUAAUAACGGCUUGUCGUCCAUGGAAGGUAAAGCCGGCCCGUCGAGCAACGAGCACUGCAGCAACAGUUCCCUGGAUGACGCUGUGGGCAAGUUACUGCAAGGAUACGACUGGACGCUACUUCCGGUGACUUCGCGCGCCGGAGGCCGAAGAAGUGCUCACGUGAAACGUCCCAUGAAUGCCUUCAUGGUAUGGGCGCAAGCGGCAAGGAGAAGAUUGGCCGACCAGUAUCCGCAGUUGCACAACGCCGAGUUGUCGAAGACGCUAGGAAAGUUAUGGAGGAUCUUGAGCGACGGCGAGAAGCAGCCGUUUAUCGAGGAAGCAGAGAGACUGCGGAAUGCGCACAAGAAGCAACAUCCGCACUACAAGUAUCAACCGCGCCGAAGGAAACCCAAGCCGGAUGACCAGAUGGGCAUUAUCGUGCACAGAGGUGGACUAUCUUCGCCAGGUACCUCUCUCGACUCACCCGGCACCGGUCCGGACUGCACGAGCUAUGGCCGGCUGUAUCCGGAUGCCGGUGUGAAAGCGUACGAGCGAGCAGCUUACGGACACGAGCCCAAGUCCACCUACGACCACCUGGCCCGGCCAGGUAUCUGGGUGAACGAGACGGCCAAGUACCCAGCUGAUCACCCCAACAAGCCGACGGCGUACGACGCAACGGCGAAGAGCUACGCCGAAGCCAAGUGUCACGAGGUCGCCAAGUACCACCACGAAAUGACCAAUAGCAAGUACCACGAGAUGACCGCCGGCGGCACCAAGUAUCCAGAACUGCAGGCCAAGAGUUACGAGCUGCCCAAGUAUCCGGAGACCAAGGGAUACUCCACGGAGAUGAGUAGCGCCGCCGCCAAAGCGCCGUAUGCCUGCGUGCACGGCCAGUAUUACCCGGCAGCUGAGGGAUACGCCGUGCACGAGGAGAACGACUACCAGGCGCAGAGCGUUUCGUCGCACUCCUUUUACCCUUACAUAUCCGCGUCGAUGGCGCAACCGCCGUACUACAUGGGGCCUCGAUAAGUCGCGCUCGCUCGUCCCGACGACUCCUCGUGGUGUAGGCAGCAACCCGUCGACAGUUUACUGAAGUAACCCGUGAAGUAAUUCGGGCAAUAGUGGGUGAUAUGUCUAUGACAAACUCGAUAGAUCGUUUAGGCUCUGUGAGGUAAAGCAUACUAUAUCCGAUAUACGCUUUGUGCUAUAAUGUUCUCUCUCUCUCUCUCUCUCUCUCUCUCUCUCUCUCU